GUGGCACUGGAGAUAUAUCUGUACAUGAAAAGCAAAUUGAUGGUUCAUUAAAAGAGAUACACAAGCCUAGUGGAGGAUCGUUUGGUGGAACUCAAGUUGACGACAACUUCUUGCAAUGGCUUACUAAAUUAUUUGGCAAGUUUACCAUGGAAACAUUUAAAGAAGAGGGAAUGGACGCUUACUUCAAUUUACUUCGAGAUUUCGAGUCAAAGAAAAGACUCAUGCGACCAGACGUCAGUCGUAAAAUAACGUUUAAUGUAGGCCUAUAUAGACUUUUAGAAUUUUAUAAACGGAACGAGGACAUGCCAAUCGAGGAAAAGAUUGCUGCUCUCGGACUUGAACAUAAACUGAAACUUUAUCCUGACAAACUUAGCGUGGACGCUUCUAUAAUAAGAAAAUGGUUUGAAUCGCCAGUACGAAUGAUAAUAUCACAUGUAAAAGACAUUCUUGCUGAGUCAAAUAUGAAAAAUGUUAAAACUAUUCUGUUAGUUGGAGGGUUUGGUGAAAGUGACAUAGUGUAUGAAGCGAUGAAAACAAACUUUGAAAACACCCACACAAUCAUAAGGCCGCAUGAGGCGAGUUUAGCUGUCCUAAAAGGAGCCGUACGAUUUGGUCAUAUUCCAGAUAUAAUUAGGUACAGAAUCAUGACCGCUACAUAUGGCAUUAAUGUUAUGAAUAACUUUGAUAAGGGUAAACAUCCUGUUUCAAAAAAAAUAAUAAGAAAUAACAGAGAAAUGGUUGACAAUAUAUUUGAUAUUUUUGUUCGCAAAGACGAUAAUAUAGAAUUAGGCAAAGAAAUACUCGAAGAUGACUUUACUUCAACUAAUCUACAGAAAACAUAUAUAGCUAUAUAUAAAUCAACAAAACGUGAUCCGGAAUAUGUAACAGAUGAAGGGUGUACAAAACUUGGUGCACUGACUAUAGAACAUCCAGAGGGAAAAACGUUCGAAGACAAGAAAUUUGAUAUAACAUUUGUGUUCGGUGACACGGAGCUAUUUGUAAAGGUGAAGAUUAAAAAAACAGGACAGGAAUUUGAUAAAUAUAUUAAUUGUUUAGAACAGUAA